UAGCAAAUAUUUCGUCAAUGUGCGAAUAGGAUAGUAAGUUAGUAACUAGGUCCAACAAAGCGAAUAUCUGACUCUGCAGGAAAUACUCGGUCAAGCAAGUGUCGCAAAAGGCAGAUUGCAACCUAAGUAAUUAAGUUCGAUCCAAAAGUCCAGAGUGUACACUCAUAUAAAUAUUGGGCGGUGUUGAUUAUCCACUACAGUUGCAACACGGUGUAAAUAUGAAGGUCGUUAUUUCGGUGUGUACGUUUGCGGCCGCGGUGCUCAUGGCAGCGGGGGCGCCCGCGCUUCCCAACGUGUACCUACCGGAGCCCUCGGGGAUCCUGUACCCGCAGCAGUUCCUGAGGGACAGGAGGUCCUUCGGCGGAGGGUACGCUGCCCCUUGUGGCGGUGGGGGGUACCUCAGCCCCAUCCAUUCGGGAUACGGCGGCUAUGGCGGCGGGCACGGAGGCUACGGCGGCGGUCACGCAGUCUACAGCGGCGCCUCCAGCUACGGCUACGGCGGCCCUCACUAUCGCGCUGACGAAACUGGCGAGGGUGAGGUCAUGAACUUCUCGCACAUGGAGCAAGACAUGACCGAGCACAUGCCGAUGGCGAGGUACGGCGGAUACGGAGGACACGCUGGUUUGGCCGGCCUGGGCGGCAUUGGAGGUCAGCUCGCGCCCGCUGUGUUGUCAGGCCCCGCUGUCGGAGUGUUCCCGAACGCUAACGUCGGCGGUUGCAACGUGCCUCUGCUGCUGAGCUGCUCGCCUUCCAUCAGUGCUGGGCGCAUAGUGAAGAGCGGUUACGGUGGCGGUUACGGAGGCGGCGCCGUGGUGGCCGCCGGCGCCAACGCGUACCGUGGAGUGGAUGACCAGACUCCCCAGGACGUCCACGAGGAGCACGCCCACGAGGAGAUGACCGCCCAUGACUCAGUGGAACACGUCAGCGACUCCGUCCACACCGAACAACACCAAUAAAACAUAGGACUUUUAAUUGUAAAUAGCCAAUAGUUUUAGUAGGUUGUUUUUUAAUAAAUGUAUUGUAAUAUUUAUUAUAC